AUGGAGAGCACCCGUGGACUUAAUAAAGAUAAUUUUGAUGUUUGGAGCGAGGUAAGUUCUCGGGAAGCAACGAAACUGAACCCUUUUGAUGAUCCAUUUGUUGCGGAUUAUUACAGGAAAGUUUACGAAGACGCAAAAUACGAAUGCAGAAAGGCAUUUGAUCCUCAGCUCACUUGGACUCAUGAGGAAGAACGAAAAUUAGUACGAAAGUUGGAUCUACGCGUGGCAUUGACUUCGUGCGUCCUAUUCGCCGCGUUACAAAUAGAUCGCGGAAACCUUGGGCAAGCAGUUGCAGAUAAUAUGCUGGAUGAUAUCAAAAUGAACACCAAUGACUAUAAUCUAGGCAAUCAACUCUUUUAUGUCUUUUUUCUUUUAGCUGAAGUCCCAUCACAGUUGAUAUCUAAGAAACUGGGGCCAGACAUUUUUAUUCCUAUUCAGAUGGUAGCAUGGAGCGUUGUUGCGAUGUCACAAGCAGCUCUAAGUAAUAAAACCGGCUAUUUGAUCACACGCAGUGUUAUAGGUUUAUUAGAGGGAGGAUUUAUUGCAGACCUCGUCUUGUGGUUAUCUUACUUCUAUACAGCUACAGAACUCCCCAUCCGGCUCUCGUUUUUUUGGACUACGAUGUCUCUAGUUGAAGUUUGCACUUCUUUACUAGCAUUCUUGCUUUUCCGUCUAAGAGGUAUAGCUGGUCUGACUGGUUGGCAAUGGCUUUUUCUCUUAGAAGGAUUACUUACUUUAAUCAUCGGACUCAGUGGCUUUUACCUGAUGGUACCAUCUGCAGUACAGACAAAAAACAUGUUACACCCACAGGGCUGGUUCACGGAAAGAGAAGAAUUAAUUGUUGUUAAUAGGGUUUUGCGUGAUGAUCCAAGCAAAGGAGAUAUGCACAAUCGGCAAGCAUUGACUCCAAAGUUGAUAUGGCAAGCAUUAACUGACUAUGAUUUAUGGCCGAUUUACGUAAUCGGACUGGUACACUACCUUCCUGAUGGAACUGUUUCACCUUAUUUGACUUUAACACUCAAAUCAGUCGGUUUUUCAAAAUUCACCGUUCAGCUACUAGCUAUUCCUCGCAGUAUCAUUUUCAUAAUAUUUCUUCUGGGUAUUACGCGAUUUUCUGAAAAGAUUUCACAGCGUGCUUUACUUGGUUUAAUACCAUCUGUAUGGAAUACAACUUUACUCGGAUUAUUAAGGUGGUGGUCCGGCUCAUUGGUAAAAGCAUGGCCAACAUAUACAAUACUGACCCUUUUACUUGGUGCGCCAUAUAUCCACGCAAUAUGUGUAUCUUGGGCCUCACGAAAUUCUAAUUCCAUCAAAACGAGAGCAAUCUCUGCUGCUGUUUACAACAUGUUUGUUCAAAUGGGAAGCAUAAUAUCUAAUCAAUUGUACAGGGAAGAUGAUGCACCUCUUUAUCACAGGGGUAACGAGAUAUUGUUUUGGAUAAUGGCUACCAAUAUACCAUUAUUCAUUCUGGUAAAAUUAUACUACAUGCAUCGUAACAAAUCGCGGGAUAAAAAAUGGAAUAGCAUGACUGAAUGUCAGCAACGAGCUUAUAUAGUAAACACAACCGAUAAGGGAAAUAAAAGGUUAGACUUCAGAUUCGCGCAUUGA